CGUCGUCCGCUGGCACAACAAGGACACCGGCGAGCAGGUGGCCAUCAAGCAGUGCCGCCAGGAGCUGAGCCCGCGCAACCGCGACCGCUGGGCGCUCGAGAUCCAGAUCAUGAAGAGGCUCAACCAUCCCAACGUGGUGGCCGCCCGCGACGUGCCCGAGGGGAUGCAGAAGCUCGCGCCCAACGACCUGCCGCUCCUGGCCAUGGAGUAUUGCCAAGGCGGAGACCUCCGCAAGUACCUGAAUCAGCUGGAGAAUUGCUGUGGCUUGCGGGAAGAAGCCAUUCUCAUCUUGUUGUCUGAUAUUGCGUCUGCUCUCCGGUACCUUCAUGAGAACAGGAUCAUCCACCGGGACCUGAAACCAGAGAACAUUGUGCUACAGCAAGGAGAGCAAAGGUUAAUACACAAAAUCAUUGACCUUGGCUAUGCUAAGGAGCUGGAUCAGGGCAGCCUAUGCACUUCCUUCGUUGGGACACUACAGUAUUUGGCUCCCGAGCUGCUGGAGCAGCAGAAGUAUACGGUGACAGUGGAUUAUUGGAGCUUUGGCACACUGGCCUUCGAGUGCAUUACGGGCUUCCGACCGUUCCUGCCCAACUGGCAGCCAGUGCAGUGGCAUACAAAAGUGCGACAGAAGAGUGAGUUGGAUAUUGUCGUUUCAGAAGACUUAUCUGGAGAAGUCAAGUUUUCUAGCACUUUACCUUACCCAAACAAUCUAAACAGUGUUUUGGCUGGAAGAUUGGAAAAGUGGCUCCAGCUCAUGCUAAUGUGGCACCCCCGGCAGAGAGGGACGGAUCCUACCUAUGGACCCUAUGGGUGCUUCAAAGCUUUGGAUGACAUCUUGAAUCUGAAGUUGCUUCAUGUUUUGAACAUGGUUACGGGCGCUGUGCACACCUACCCUGUGACAGAGGAGGAAACUCUGCAGGCUGUGAAGGCCAGGAUCCAGUUAGAUACUGGAAUUCCAGAACAGGACCAGGAGCUGCUGCAGGAAGCAGGACUUGCGUUGUUUCCUCAGGAGUUGGCUACUAAGCAUAUAGCUGACAGCAAGGUGAAUGAUGCUGCYGCUACAGACACAGACCUCCUCUUCCUCUUUGAUAACCAGAAAAUUUCCUAUGAGCCUCAGGUUGCCUUGCGUCCUCACCCGGAAAGUGUWGACUGCAUCCUUCAGGAUCCGAAGAAGAAUCUCCACUUUUUCCAGCUGCGGAAAGUGUGGGGUCAGAUCUGGCACACGAUACGGAGGCUGAAGGAGGAUUGUAACCGGCUCCAGCAGGGACAGCGAGCAGCCAUGAUGAACCUGCUGCGUUACAACAGUACCCUGUCGAAGAUGAAGAAUUCCAUGGCYUCCCUGUCCCAGCAGCUGAAAGCGAAGCUGGACUUCUUUAAAACAAGCAUCCAGAUUGAUCUGGAGAAGUAUAAAGAGCAGAUUGAAUUUGGAAUUACUUCGGAGAAGCUGCUGUUUGCCUGGAAGGAGAUGGAGCAGGCUGUGGAGCUCUGUGGGCGGGAGGAGGAUGUGGAUCAGCUAGUGAAGAAGAUGAUGGCCUUGCAGACAGACAUUGUGGACCUGCAGAGAAGCCCACUAGGUCGUAAACAAGGAGGAACUCUGGAAGAUUUAGAAGAACAAGCCAGAGAGCUGUACAGGAGGCUGAGAGAGAAGCCAAGAGAUCAGAGGACCAGUGGUGACAGCCAAGAAAUAGUCCGACUGCUCUUACAGGCAAUUCAAACCUUUGAAAAAAAAGUCCGGGUCAUUUAUGCUCAACUCAGUAAAACUGUAGUUUGCAAGCAGAAGGCACUGGAAUUGUUCCCUAGAGUGGAGAAAGUGAUGAAUCUGAUGAAUGAAGAUGAGAAUACAGUUGUUAGGCUCCAGGAGAAACGACAGAAAGAACUGUGGAACCUGCUGAAAAUUGCCUGUAGUAAAGUCCGUGGUCCUGUCACUGGCAGUCCAGAGAGCAUGAACACAUCCCGGCUGAGCAGCCCUGGCCAGCUGCUGCUGCAGGUCCCUUCCGGAACCUACAAUUUACCCGAAUCAAUCAGGAAAAGUGAGGAUUUACUGUUGGAAUCACAGAAACUCUGUAGCCAACUCGAAAAUGUGAUGCAGGACACAAUGAAGGACCAGAGCCUCAUGGCUCUAGAUUGGAGCUGGCUGCAGCUUCAGGCAGAAGAAAGAAACGGUCCUGAACAAAACCAGAUGUAAAGUCGCUUCAGUUGCACCUGAAGACAGGCUAGAUAAGGAAGCCAACUGUGAUAAGCUGCUGCAUCUGAAAAGGGAAGUUUAAG